AAGUAAUACCCAAAUCGAGACCGCAACAGCAACCCCUGAAGACAGUACUUUGUUCGGCGGCGGUAGCAACUCGCAGGAACAGACAUCCUUCAGAUGUUAAGAUGGAGGAGUUAUCUCUUAACCAGACAAUCGUUGUUCAUGGGGUUGCUAGUACUGCCUCAGUGGCUUUAGCCACAGCUUUCACUUACCCUCUUGACACUAUCAAAGUCCUCUCUCAGGUUGGUUCCAGUGCCGGUAAAGAAUUGAAUGCUGCCCAGGCUUUGAUGAGGGUACUCUCUUGGUCUGGUAAUGCAGGUUUGUUCAAUGGUUUUGGCUGGUUGGCACUUGGAAGAACUUUUGGUCUCGGAGCACGAUUUGGGGUUUAUGAAAUCCUGACGGCCUUUUAUAAAGAUGGUCGGGAAGAUAAUUAUUUGUUCGCUUCUGAGGCUCUUUUGGCUGGCGUGGUAGCUGGUGCCAUAGAGACAAUCAUAAGCUCUCCAUUUGAACUCAUCAAGCUUCGUAUGCAGGUUACCUCUGCUUCAUAUGUUCCAAGUUCUAACUUUACUUUGGAAAAGGGGGCUCGUACCCCUUUAAUUGCAAGAUUACUUAAUGGCUGUUAUCCAGACAAGAGAUCCUUGAACCAAUAUGUUGGUCUCAUCUCCACCCUAACCACCAAAAAUACUAAAAUGACUAGUGCUUUGCUAGAGAAUCCAUGGACAAUGAUGGGAUCUGGUAAGCCACCAGCAGUUUGGAAUGUCAAGAGACCAUCAGACAUUAUAUCUUUGGAAGGAUGGAGCACGUUAUGGAGAGGUCUCCGGUCUGGAAUUGUUCGAGAUUCCGUGUUUGGUGGCAUAUUUUUUUCAACUUGGCAAUUUUUGCACCAAGCAAUGCUAGAUUGGAAGGCUGCUGGGAUGAAUCCUCCACCCAGAUUAAAUGAAGAAGUUGGCCCAUUGUCUACUUUGUCCGUAAGUCUUGCGGCUGGAUUCUCAGCUUCAGUUGCUGCUGCUGCUUCCCAUGGUUUUGAUACCACAAGAAGUAGAUCACAAUGUACUGUGCUGCCAAAGUAUGUCUCAGUGGAGAGGAGGCUUAUGAAGUGGAAACGACCAGGAAACAAGUUUGAAAGAAUUACGGGGAUCCAUCCAUCUGACAGGAAUGUUUUGUUCCGCGGCAUUGGUUUGCGGAUGGCUCGCUCUGGUUUGGCAUCAUUUAUGAUUGUAGGAAGUUAUUUGUUUGUUGCAGAUCAUCUUGCUUCUAGUUUGACUUAAUUGCCACAUAGUGGUACCCCUCUUUUUGGUUAACAUUUAAUGUUUACAAUUUUUUCUUCUGAGAAGAACUGUCCCAUAAUUUGGGGUUCUGCUUUGUACUAGUCAGUAAAGGAAAACUGAAAGAAGAUAUUACUUAAUGCUUACUACUGUUGAAUUGGAUACUGGUGGGAAUCAGUAGCCGGAUAGUAAUCCAGACAGAGAGAAGGCUUCAUUUGUUCUAUACAUAUAAAAGAUCCUUGUUGUGGGGAUUUGCGAUGUGAAUUUGGAUUUCUUAUACAAGAGAUUGUACCUUCCAAUGACUGGUAAUUAAAUAAGAUUUGUACAUAUAUUUUCU